AUGCUUCUUCCCACGGGAACCAUUCCCCAAAGUCUCAACUCAAUCCACAAAACAUUCACAAAUAUAGUACCGAACCAAUCCCUCGGUAUUCCAAUAUCGAUAUCGCUCUUUGCCGGCUUAGCUACCACUUCAUUACUUUUUUUUACUUUCCGCGAUAUUCGUACAAUUACAGAUACAGAUGUCAUCAAAACUACCUUAUCAAAAAGAAAUUCAAAUUCAAAUUCUCAAUCUAAAAUAAUUCCCAGUCCUCUCAUCACCCAAAUUCCUACUCUCUUCCAAGAGGAAAUAUCCAAAUUACCGUAUCCGCCGGAUAUAUUCCCCGGGGCUCGUGAUAUUCCCAGUCCCUACGGCAGCACACGAGCCUAUGAAUUCGGACCCGUGAACGGACCCAAAAUCCUCCUCAUCCACGGGAUUUCCACCCCCUGUAUCUCCCUGCAUUCUCUCGCUACGACACUCGCUUCCUCGCACGGAUGCAGAGUUCUCCUUUUCGAUCUUUUCGGGAGGGGUUAUUCGGAUGGUGUGCUCGAUUUACCGUAUGAUGAGAGACUUUAUACGACGCAGAUUUUACUCGUUCUUGCUUCUUCUGAGUUAGCGUGGGUGGGUGGGGAUGGGUUUCAUAUUUUGGGGUUUUCGAUGGGUGGAGGUAUUGCGGUGGAUUUUGCAGUGGGGUUUCCCGGGUUGGUUAAAGGUGUGGUUCUUUUGGCGCCGAGUGGGUUGAUUAGAGAGCAGCAUUUUGGGUGGAUGGGAAAAAUGAUGAGGAAGUGGUGGUUUCCUGAUGGAUUGUCAGGGUGGAUUUUAAGGAGGAGGGUUAAGGGUGCUUAUUCGGGGGUUUCAAAUCCUACUUCUUCAUCUUCUUCCUCUUCCUCAUCUAAGGAUAAUCAAAAUGAAGAUCAAGUACAACUUGACUCAGAACUCAUAACGACUAUUCCCGCAUCUCCUAUCACAAACCAGGAUACGGAUAUUAAGGUCUCGUUUGACGAUUCACUUAUUUCCCCCUCAAUACCAUAUACAACAGUAGGACAAGUGAUGCAUUGGCAAACACAUCAACAUCAUGGCUACGCAAACGCAUUUGCAAGUUCAAUUAUGCAUGCGUCGGUUUCGGGUCGUGGUGAUACGUGGAGAAAGUUAUGGGGUUCUGGGGGUUUCUGUGGUGAUGGUAUAAUUUGGGGAAAGGGGGAAGAUAGUAAAAGUAAAAGCAAAAGAGAGAAAAUUUUAGUGGUGGUGGGAGAUUGUGAUGAUGUUAUUUUGGCGGAAGAGUUGAAGGAGGAUUUGGAGGGGGUGGUGGGGAGUAUUGGGGCGGAAGGUGAGGAUGAUGGGAAUGGUGAUUGUAAAGGUGAUGGGAAGAAGGGUAUAAGAUUUGAAGAGAAGAUUGUGUGGAAGGUUGUUGAGGGGGCUGGCCAUGAGUUUCCGAUUACGAAGGGAGAAGAGGUGGCGCGGUUUAUUGGGGAGUUUUUGUCUGGAUAG